AGUGGUCACAUUUCGAAUACUUCCCCGUUGCGAAUUCGCUUUAGUUGAAAUACCUUUUUAACUGAAUAUUGGUAACCAUGCGGUAAACCUUUUUGGUGUUGCAGAAAAGAAAGGUCGAAAUUAUGCAGUCUAAGGUUUUAGGUCGAGUUUGUUCUACGUUGAAACCAACAUGCAUGCAACAUUGCCAAAGGGUGACACCAUCUCUCUCAGCCCUGCAGAGCAGAUUAUAUUCAAGUGGCCAAGAAGCAGAUGUUGUAGUCAUUGGAUCAGGUCCUGGUGGGUAUGUUGCUGCUAUUAAAGCAGCACAACUUGGAAUGAAUACCGUGUGCAUUGAAAAGGAAGCUACGCUUGGUGGUACCUGCCUUAAUGUUGGUUGCAUACCUUCCAAAGCUUUAUUAAACAAUUCACACUACUAUCACAUGGCCCAUUCUGAAGAUUUCAAGAACAGAGGAAUUGAAGUUGCCCAGGUUUCAUUGAAUCUGGAGAAGUUCAUGGGUGCCAAAUUAGCAGCUGUAAAAGCCCUGACAGGAGGCAUUGUGCAUUUGUUUAAGCAGAAUAAGGUUACACUUAUAAAAGGCCAUGGAAAGAUCACAGGAGCCAACGAAGUUACAGCUUUGAAAGAAGAUGGAUCAAGUGAGGUGGUUAAAACAAAAAAUAUCGUAAUUGCGACUGGAUCAGAAGUUACUCCAUUCCCAGGAAUAGAGAUCGAUGAGAAGACUGUAGUGUCAUCUACUGGUGCACUUUCCUUGUCAGCUGUACCCAAGAAACUUGUUGUUAUUGGGGCCGGUGUUAUAGGUCUUGAAUUGGGCUCAGUGUGGGGCCGUUUGGGAGCAGAAGUUACAGCGGUUGAAUUUCUGAAUUCUAUUGGUGGAAUUGGUAUUGAUGGCGAAGUAUCCAAGACUUUCCAGCGAACUCUAGGAAAGCAAGGAAUAAAAUUUAAGCUUGGCCACAAGGUGACAGGUGCACAGCAAGAAGGGGCUAACAUCAGAGUAAGCAUAGAAAAUGCCAAAGACCCAUCAAAGAAAGAGGAGUUGGACUGUGAUGUGUUGCUGGUAUGCGUGGGUCGACGACCAUAUACUAUAAACCUCGGACUUGAAGAACUGGGCAUUGAGCGUGAUGAAAAAGGUCGCAUUCCUGUGAAUUCUCGAUUCCAAACAGUAAUUCCCAAUAUCUAUGCUAUUGGAGACUGUAUUCAUGGACCAAUGUUGGCUCACAAAGCAGAAGAUGAGGGCAUUGUUUGCAUGGAAGGUAUUGGUGGAGGUCCAGUGCACAUUGACUAUAAUUGUGUCCCAUCAGUUAUCUACACGCACCCAGAGGUUGCCUGGGUAGGCCGCUCAGAGGAAGAUCUGAAAACUGAUGGUGUUGAAUACAAGGUUGGCAAAUUCCCUUUUGCUGCAAACAGCAGAGCCAAGACCAACAAUGAUACCGAUGGAUUUGUGAAGGUCCUUGGAGAUAAAGUGACUGACAGACUACUGGGUGUACACAUCAUUGGACCUUCGGCUGGUGAGCUGAUAGCUGAAGCUGUGUUAGCCAUGGAGUAUGGUGCUUCGUGUGAAGACAUUGCAAGGACCUGCCAUGCACAUCCAACGUGUUCAGAAGCAUUCAGAGAAGCAAACGUUGCAGCAGCCUUCGGAAAGCCAAUUAAUUUUUAGGUUGAUGUAAAGCAGCUGAGACUUCGAUUCACAGCAUUUCCCAUUGGUUGAUUUCACCGCCCCCUCUGUUCAGAGAUGUGCUGCUUUUCUUUCAUGAAGAGACAGUUUAUGGUACUUACAUCUCUUGAAGUAGUGGAUUUCAAUUGGGAUGGACUUAUGUGGUUAUCAGUCACAUUUUAGCCUGUACAUAAGUUGAAGAAAUUUGAACUUCCAGCAUGUAUUAUAGCAGUCGUGGGUUUGUGGUAUGUCAUAGUAAUGAACAUGAAGUCUGUAUAAAUUUUAAACAUGGAUUAUAUUCUUGAAAUGUAAAAAUAAUUUAGACCCCACAGAAUCACACAAACAACUCAUAACAAUGUUAUAUGCUUCAUUGAAAAUCAGUUAUGUGUCCUAACUUUUAGGACUGCGAAGAUUCACUUUCAUAAUGGGCAGCCAAGACUGCCAAGGACUAAAGUACGUGGUUAUGAGAAAGAAUUUCAGGCUAUAAAAAGAGUUAUUGUACAGCUUCAUACUUUUCCCCUGUCUCUGUAAAUAGAUAACAGAUUUUAUGAAAAUGCUUGGCUCUUUCUUACCAAACUUGGCAUAUCUUGUGAGAAUUUGUUUUCCACUGUUACCUACAGUUAUGUGCUAGGAGAAACUACAUCCAUAUUUAAGGAUAAUAUUGGUGAAAUAACAGGGAAGAUCACAGAGUAAGGAUGUUUGAGAACAGAGUUCUGAGGAGAAUAUUCAGAUAUAAGAGGGAAAAGUAACAGAAGAAUUGUUGCUGGAGUCUGCCUGUACUGAAGGACAGGCUGCCCUGGAGUAGAUACAUGUCAUAUAAUUUCAGCAACACACUUAAUCAGUGUGUUAACCUUUGAAGCCCAAAGUUGACCUAAACAGUAAUUAAAAAUUAAGUUCAUGUCUCAGAAUACAGCAUUUCCUUCAAAGCAACUUGUUAUCGAUCUGUAGAGAAAUGUCUGUUUAUUCUGAGCAUUAUAUAUGAUUGCACAGUUCUGAAUGUUAAAGCAGUGGGACUGUGCUUUGAAGGCUUAAUGCUGUGAUAAUCAAUAUGCAGUUUGCAUGUAGUCGCCCUUUUCCUUUGGUGCUGCCCUCAAAAUAAGAAGUGUAAUGUAGGAUAAAGCAUUUUCAAAGAGAACUUUUGUCUAGCAGCUGGCAAUAUCCACUUGUCAUUUUUUAUAAGCUAGUAGCAGGCUGCAUCCACCUGCUCACACUGGUUCCUCGCUUGCAGAUUUUUUUCCCUGAAGAUGGAGGCGGUACAUACCUCCGAAACGUCGGUUCACAAAAGAUUUACACAGCGCCACAUCCAAGAAGACGGUAUUUCACUUGGGUUCCAAAUUUUGAUCCAUUAGCUUCUGUUUUUGAUUCUUAUGGCUUUAAAUACAGUAAACCCUCGUUAUAAUGGACAUGGUCGUGACGUAUAUUGUAUAUAACGGACAAAAUCUGGCUUUGAAAAAUUGUGAAUUUUUAGAGAUGUUGAGGCACUAAGCAGAUUUUGUAAUCAGAAAACAAUUUAAAAUAAAAAAGAACUCCAAUAUAAAAUCCUUCAUGUAAUUACAUUGUGUUUCUAUGUUUAUUGUGUAUAUUGGCUAUGCAUAGUAUGGUGUACUACAUAUCCCUUCAGUCAGUUGUAGCAGACAUCGAUUAUAAUGGAGAUCUUGUCCCCCUCAUUAGUCCGUUAUAAUGAGGGUUUAUUGUACUUUUAAAAGUGAACAGUACAAUAUAACAAGAAGUUCUGAUAAGAACUACUCGCCUACUUUCCUUUGAUAUGACAAAGACUGCAUAGAAAACUACACCUGCAACAUUUCUUCCAUUGUUGCCUGUAUUCAUUGUCAUGGGAAAGUGUUUAUCAAGCUGUUCCAUGUUAACAAUAGGGGGAUGCACAUAGGGACACAUGGAUUUAUGAAGUACUUCAUUGAGAUUUACAUACCAAGUUUCAUAAAAACUGGUUCAGACAUUUUGAAAGUUGAUGGGGGGGAGAUACACAGCAAGGUGAUCUCAUAAAUCUACUUUUAUUUUUUCAAAAUAAGGAAAGUAGGUUAAAAGUUAAUGACUGUCCAUUCUUGUCCGUUUCAGUUUUACGGUAGGUUAAUCUAAAUCCCUAAUUCAAUCACGUAUCACUGCAUUUCAUGAAGCAGUGACUGCAUGCUUUUGUUGGGUAAGGCUCGUGUAAGUUUUUAUGGUAAAACUUUUUUUAUCUAAAACAAAUAUAUUUUUAUUUUUUUAGACUGUUUAGGGGAGAAGUGCUUAUGAGAAAUGGUGUUUUUGAGGUACUAGAGCAAAGUUGUGGAGAUUGCAGGUGCAAAGUUUCAGCAUGUGUCUAUUGAAUUGACUCCCUGACAUUGAUGGUGCUCGAAAUGCCUCAGUACCUGCUUGGAAGAUAGAGAUUGUUGUUGCUGUAGUAGGAUUCUUUUCAGGUGGAAUAAAAGCAAUAGGACAA